AACAAGUGCUUCCGGUUGGCAUCGUUGUUGCCAAUGAAGCCUGCUUCUAUCUGCGUUUUAGCAGACUGUUUUUUCUGUUUAACGUCCUCUACAGGCUUCUAAUUCUGUCCCAGACACGAGGGGCCUUAUUUUACUGAAUCAGAGCUCUAAACAGAAUGUUGGCGACAGGAGCAGCUGUAACAACAGCACUUGCACAGGUCGACAGAGAAAAGAUCUACCAGUGGAUCAACGAGCUGUCCAGCCCAGAAACCCGAGAGAAUGCCCUGCUGGAGCUCAGCAAGAAGCGGGAGUCUGUUCCUGAUCUCGCUCCCAUGCUCUGGCACUCAUGUGGAACCAUCGCAGCCCUGUUGCAGGAAAUAGUCAACAUCUACCCAUCAAUCAACCCCCCCACCCUGACAGCACAUCAGUCCAAUAGAGUAUGUAACGCCCUGGCGCUGCUCCAGUGUGUGGCCUCUCAUCCAGAGACCAGGUCAGCUUUUCUAGCUGCACACAUACCACUCUUCCUCUACCCAUUUUUACACACAGUCAGCAAAACACGGCCGUUCGAAUACCUCCGCCUCACUAGCCUCGGGGUUAUAGGUGCUCUUGUGAAAACAGAUGAGCAAGAAGUGAUCAACUUUCUGUUGACCACCGAGAUCAUUCCCUUGUGCCUUCGUAUCAUGGAGUCUGGCAGUGAACUCUCAAAAACGGUUGCAACCUUCAUUCUUCAGAAGAUCCUCCUGGAUGACACAGGGCUGGCGUACAUCUGCCAAACGUACGAGCGCUUCUCUCAUGUUGCCAUGAUCCUUGGUAAAAUGGUUCUUCAGCUCUCCAAAGAGCCUUCAGCUCGUCUGCUGAAGCAUGUGGUCCGCUGUUAUUUACGCCUGUCGGACAACUCCAGGGCCAGAGAAGCCCUGCGUCAGUGCCUCCCAGACCAGCUGAAGGACACCACCUUCGCCCAGGUCCUGAAGGACGACACCACCACCAAGCGCUGGCUGGCCCAGCUGGUCAAGAACCUGCAGGAGGGGCAGGUCACCGACCCGCGGGGCAUCCCCCUCCCCCCACAGUGACACCCCUACCUCACUGAAACCCACAACUGAGAGCAGGGGUGUCAAACGUGCGGCCCGGGGACCAGAACCGGCCCACCAAAGGUACCGGCCCGGCCCGACAGUGUCAAAAUGACACUGAAGACUCUGACAGUCAGCGGUGUCGAACUCAUUUUAGUUCCAAACAUUGUUCUGCUUUUCCUGAAUGUCUGUAACACACACACACACAGUAGUGGAAGAAACUGACAGGGUUUAAUUCAAACUCAAAUAUUGACAUGAAAUGUUUGUGGAAAAAUCUUUUUCUGUUUCAAAAGGUUUGGCUCCAUCAGACAAACGCAAACGAAUGCAGAUCUAUUUUUUUUUUUUUGUUAAUUGUAAGCCAAAAAAAAAACCAACCUAAACUGAAUUAGUUUAGUUUGACGUUUCUGGAUGUUUCAUUAUUUGCUGAAACGUCCAGUUUUGACCUGGACAGAACUGAGCAUGUGCAGAAGGAGCAGUGGAACUCUACUGGGCACCGUUCAAAGACUGCAGACGGAUCUAAAUGCAGUUUAUCCCACAUACAUGAGGACAACCAAAGCCUUUUUCCACUACUGAAGAAAUGAUGAGCUGAAGACUAAUACUGUUAAAACUACACAUGGAUUACAGUGUUUUCAGGUUAUUCACUUUUUUUUGUGAAAGGAUUCAUUCAUAAUUUAAUUUGACUUUUUUUGGCACUAAAAGAAAACUGGGGUUGUUGUUUUUAGACUAAUCUGUUCUUAUUUUCCUGGUCUGAUCCUCUGGGUCUGAAUGUGGAACCUGAACUAACAUGAGGUGGACAUCCCUGACGUAGACGAACACCAGCUCCAUCUGUCCCACAGACACCACACUGUUUUUACACAAGAGCACAGCGGCCUUCAACUGAUGAGUUUGUGUUCACACGUGCAAAAACACAGGAUCCGUGGUUUUGGAAACAUUCACAAGUGUUGAGUGGCCUUGUGUUCUGGACCGUUAACGGCUUUUGCAGCCAUCGCUCAUGAACAGAACGCUGGUUUGUGACGUAGUUGCAUCGUUUGUAAAUGCCCGUGGUUGAUCAGAUUUGUUCCUGUCUUCCUUCUACUUUACACCAGGAGAAGAGAAACUUUGUGCAAGUUAACAUUUGUGUGAUUUUUUCCAAUUUUUGUCCUUGAGUUUUGUAAAGGGCUCUGUCAUGUCUUCUGGAACAGCAAAAAAAAAAAAAAGAAAAUAAGUAACCCUGCUGUCAUCAUUUAUUUUCAAAUGAAGUUCAAACAGUUUUCGAGCA